AUGGACAAUGGUUUAGAGCCACGGAGUACAAGGGCGGUUUGUGGAGUACAGCCCCCCACGAGGCAGUACUACCACCACCACAUCCGGUUACUGUACUGGGCGGGGAAGCUCAUCCUGCCCUUCAGCGACCAGUUCUGGUUCAGGUACCUCUUCAGCUGGCUGAUGCCGACCAAGAUGUCCCUGCUCAAGUCCACCCAAGGCGAGGCCAUCAGGAAUUACUACCAUGAAAACCAUCUCAGCCAGGACAUGCUGGUGCCCCUGUACAUGGUUGGAGAGGCUCUCGAGUUUGUUCACCGGGAAAUGGAGGAGCUGUGCAAUGCUUUCACCUCGGAAUUAUUUGCUAUGAAAUCAUCGUUAAAACUAAUAUUAGCAACUAUGAGAUAUUGAGAUGACAGACUGUAGAUUUGAGUUUCUGCUGAAGUUGUUAUUGCGCACUGCAACCUGUUGCUGCUUUGUCUGAAAGAAUGUUCACUCAGGA